GUAUGCGAGGAACGGUUUCGAAGAAAGUUCCAGUUGCCGUGGAACUGUGACACGAUCAUCCACGAAGCGCCUCAGUUGUUCAAGAUUCUUCGGUCGAGAAAACCUGUAAAAAAGAAAAUUGUAUUGUUAGUUGAAUUUUUGAUCAGUUUCAUAGUUUAUUAAAUUCGUCAAAGUCGAGACGAAAACAUUCACGUCACAUCCGAGUAAGUGACAGUGACCCUAACGAGAUCCUUAAGGAAACGUUAUCCAGCAUUAAAUUGAACACUGAGAAGACAAGAUCGACAAGAUUCACGAAGGAAGAGGAUCGCAGAAUGAUAUUCAGAUUCAUCCUUAUUUGUCUGCUGCUUCGAACUGACGUUCGCGCCGAGGAUCGCUUUCAAAGGACUCCGCAGGAUGCCGAUGGUGCUCGUUACUGCGACUUCGACGAGGCACGAAAGAACUACAACGUGACCGAUUUGUUGCAGUGCAUUGAUCGAUUGGCUGCCGAUCUAGCUGAUCGAGAAAGCGACCGGUUGAUGAAUGGAAAGGAUCAGUGGAACGGGUCGACGGGCAGACAAAUCUCCUUCAUGGAUAUCUUUUCCAGUUUCUUUCAAAAUGAUCCUUCAGUGCCACAUCAGGGCAACCCCUUUCCGGUGUACCCGACUUCCGGCCAGCAUCAACCGAAUUACCCUGCCGUAUCAGGUGGAACGUUCCAGCUGAAUCUUUUCGACGCUCUGUCCUCGAUAUCCCGCCACGACGACUACAAGUGUAUACCCAGGAUACUCUGCGAAAUGGCGAGCGGAAAACUUCCCGGGAGAUCGUUAGGCAAACAAUGGUCUGGCUUCUUCGAGUUCCUUGGAAGGAACUCUUUCACGGGUUUGCUGACCAAAUUCGACGUCGAGACGGCUUCUCCUCUGCUGAACUUUGGCAGAGCGAUGCUGCUCGGAUACAGCAAUCGAGGAAGCUCCGCAGUAUGUUACGAGACCUUCCCGAAAUGUCCAAGAAACAUGAACGCACUGAUUUAUUAUUUGAAUAAUUACAAUGGUGGAUUCUUUCGAUUGUUCAAUAAAGUUCAGGGUGGAAAGUAUCGGGAGAAUAUUGGUAUUCGUGAUCACAGAGAUAAUUACUCCAAAAUAGUAUUGAAAGGAAGGAUAAUCUCUGGAACGAAGGAUUAUAGAAUUGGACCAGUUCGAAAUGAAAUUUAUUUUCCAAGUGUGAAAUACUACGAACACAACGAAAAGCAAAAAUUUUCUGAUUAUGAAAAACCUAUUAAUGACAAUGAAAUUGUUUUUCCUGGUCAGAAGACAUCUAAAAACGAACCGGUUAGAAACAGCCUACAGAAUUAUGUACAGAAAUUAAAACCGAACAUCUGGCAGAACAACAUUGCAUUUUUCCCUGAGGAAAUAACUAAUCAAAGGUUCUCUAGAUUUCGAUUUCCUCCAAAUGUCUGACAAUAGCACAAAAUCAUUUCAAAUUGAAAAUAAAGGAAAGUUUAUUUAUUUAAAUAGAAGAUUCAAUAAUUGACUAUCUUUGCUGAUCAUACAGCAAAGAAAGCGUUUAAAUGAAUACGAAAUGAAGUUAAUUACAUACUGAUUAAAGAACGAGUUUGCAGCCAUAAUUUGCGCAAGAUUAUCAGCGAGCGGAGGAUUAUUUCGUUUAUUUCAUCCGUGCCGGUCCCAGCAAGCAUUUUCUAUUCACCUGUACCAGGUGAGCUCGUAACAGGAAGUCCCAAGCUGCCGGUGAACGCGAUGUUACUGGCUCAAGUGCCGUUUGCGGAAACAGCAUGGGGUGCCGUUAGAGCACCGCCAACUUGUCCAAUGAAUCUGCGACCAAGCACGAGCCACUUUAUGUCUCAGUUACGCGACUCGAUAAAUUGUACUUUAUCCUGGUUCGAUUUCCUGCUCGCUGCGAGUCGAUCCAUACAUACACCGUGUUCAAUUUCAAAUUUAAGCUUUAAACUAGUCGAUAUUAAAUAGAUUUAAUAACGAAAUCAAAAUUAUAUUCUGUCACGAAUAAAAUAAAUAAUUCCGAGAUCGA